ACCCGAGCCUACGGACCCGAACCUCGGUUUUGCUCCUCCUCCUGCGCUCGCCAUUGAAAUUUGUUUCGCACUGUUCUCUCUCUCUCUCGAUCAUUUUAUCUCUCUCCUCUUCUUCUCUCUCUUCCCCUGGUUUUGUUAAUUCUUGAAUUCGAAAACCCUAAACUUUAUCCCUACAGAUUCUGAGGAAGGAAAAAAAAGGAAAGCUUCCUUUUUUUCAAGGUUCCCAUUUGUUGACACAAGUGGUGAAAAUCUAUGAGUAUUCAGUCAGAGCAUGUCAGUUGGAGGUAGCUCAUGAGUUCUCGGAUUAUUUAAACCGAAAAGAUAUAUAAAAAGUUAUCUACAGGAGCUGAAUCUAUGCCGGGAAACGAAUUUGGGGAGAAGAUCCACAAUUUCUUUGGACAGGAAGGCCUAUCGCAAGACCAGCGCCAGCCUCAGGUUGUUGACGCAAACUGGUCCGGUUUUAGUAAUGGUCUAGUCAGCAACCAGAGGCAGAUAGACCCAUCCCUUGUUGCCAAUCUGAAGAGCUAUAACACACACCAAUCUGUUGAUCCUCAGAGAAGUCAAUCAAAUUCACAGCAUGGUUUGAAUUUUACUCAGCAACCUAUAAGGCCCGAGAUCUCGAGAAGUUUUUUGCAAGACCACCAACAACUCACAAAUGGUUACAUGCAUGGGAACCUUGGGUUGCAGACAAUGCCGAAUGGGGUAAAUUUUUUGGGAAUGGAUGUAGAAUCUAGUAGGGAUAGGUUACCAGCGAGGGGAUUUACUCCAGAACUUCGUAAAACUCCUAUGAGGUUUGAGAUGGGAGAAUCUCCGGUUAAUUAUGAUUUCUUUGCUGGUCAACAGCAAAUAAACACACAGCUCCCUGGCAUGCUCCAGCCUAUGCCAAGGCAGCAGAUGACAUUCAAUGAUAUGCAACUACUAAAGCAGCAAGUUAUGGUUAGGCAAAUGCAUGACUAUCAAAUUCAACAACAUCUUCAAAAGCAGCAGCUAGAAGCCGGACAGCUCAAUUCUUUGAAUUUAAAUGCAGUCAACAGAAGUCGCUCAAGUGAUAAUCAGUCUCAUCCAUUGAUUAAUGGCAUUCCUCUUCAGGAUGCAUCAAGUAAUGGUUGGCAGCCUGAUCUUAUGACAGGAAAUACAAACUGGAUGCAUCGCGGCAUCUCACCAUCUGUUCAAGGUUCAUCCAGUGGGCUCAUGAUUACCCCUGAGCACGGUCAGACAAACUUACUGGCGCAACAAUUCGAACCCUCCUUGUACGGUAUGCCCGUUAGUGGGACAAAUGCACCUCAAAAUGCCUUUUCUCCUGUUCAGAUGAACAAGUUAGCUGCGCAGCAUGGUUCUGCAAACAGGAGUUCUCUCACAAAUCAGCCAACUUCAUUUCUGAAUCAAGGUGAUGGACAGGACAGUCAUAUGCUUCCUAGAUCGACAUACCAGGAGAAAGUGUUAUUCUCCCAUACAUCAGUUCCAGAUACAAAUAUCAGGUCCAAUUUUGAAAAUUUCCAGCAAGAUGAUUCCCGCGAGAGGAAUAUUUCAGUGCAGGAGAAAUUUGGUCAGAUGGAGGGUUCUGGUCAAUUAGAAAAAUCAUUUACGAAAGUGCCUGAAAAUAUAAAUGCAUUGCAGAAGUCGUCAACAUUAGAUCCAACGGAAGAAAAGAUUUUGUUUGGUUCGGAUGAUAACUUGUGGGAGUCAUUUGGAAACAGCACUGAUAUGAGCUUGACAGGAAAUCUUAUGUCCAGUAGUUCUGACCUUUUUGAUGCAUGCCCCUCUUUGCAGUGUGGGAGUUGGAGUGCUCUUAUGCAAUCUGCUGUUGCAGAAACAUCCAGCGUUGACGCAGGGGUACAUGGAUGGACUAACCGCAAUACUGGCCCACAUACGAAUUCUCAUACUGGUAGUGGACCCCAGGAUUUGGGUGUAAAGGCUUCAAACGAACGUGAUUCCACUCGGGCAGCUGUUCAACAUUUGCCUGCGAAGGGAAAUAAAGUUUCAGAUCAUGGCCUACUAGAGAAGCCAAUUGGUCAACUUAGUCAAAUGACUGGAAAUAUAUUUCAUACUUCAAGUUCUGGUAUUGAUGAACAGAAUAAUUCGCAUUCUAUUCAAAAGAACGAGGGCAUGGAAGAUAGAUUUGGUAUCUGGAAGGCUGCGUCUAAUCAAAAUGUAGCUGCUCAUGUUGAACAUAAGAAUCACUCCACACAUAAUCCACAAAUGCAAAGGGAAAACUAUGGACUUGGCAUUGCUGGUACAGGAAACAGUUCUAGUGCUUUGAGGGAUGUUCAGGGAAAUAUCUCUCAUCUGAAAUCUAGAGAUGGCAGUCAGAUUCUUGAGUCAUAUGCGAGUAAUAAUACUGGAUCCAAUGAAAUGGUAAAUGCCCGUGAUUUUUCUCACUCAUCAAAGACCAUUUCCUGGAAUCCUAGGAGGAUCCAACAUGACCUCUGGUUUCCCUUAUUCCAGAGGAUAUCACCAAAAUCAACAGACGCCUGUU